UUUUUGGGCACAUUUAAUUUUUUUUCCUGAUUCAAAAUGCAAAAAUGAUCAAAUCUAAAAUUCGCCAAAAAACUUCUUCCGCUUCUUCAUCGGUUCGUGGUGGAUCAUUGUCCAGGAAAAAAUUCCAUAAAUACUCAUUUACACCAUCCAAUGAUUAUGGUCUUGUAAUUAGCAAUGAAAUUGAUGUGAUUACUACGACUGAAAAUGAAGAUGAUUCUCGUUCAGAUUUGGCAACAAUAAACACUGAUGAUGAUGAUGAAAAAUUGUUGAUCAUCGAAAAUAAUGACAAUGAUGAAUAUUAUCCAGAUUAUGAAUUUCAAUUAUUAUUUGAUCGAUUAAAAGAACGUAUACAAAGUGAAAAAGUACGUAAACGUAAAAUUGAUUCUGUUGCCGAUAAAAUUGGCAAAGAUUUUUCCAAGUCGAAAAACAUUAUUCGAGAAAAAUUGCUUCACGAAAUUUCCUCCGGUUGUAAAAUUGAAAAAUCAGAUGAUGAUAAAGAUUCGAAAAUUACAACUGGGAUUCCAUCAUCGAUCAUUUUUGAAUAUCUCAAAAUACCGUGUGGUUUUAGCUAUACGGCUAUAAAUCCAAAUUAUUUUCGUUUCAUACAUCGAAUGGAAAAUGUAUCAUUACAAGAAAUGUUUGAGGAUUUUGAACAAAAACCAAAAUUGUAUACAUUUUUCAAAAAAAUUGGACCCAAAAUUCUCAACGCAGCAUAUGGAUCGGCAAAUAUAAAUAAGGCAAAAUUUAUUCAUGAAUACCAAGAAGCCAUGUUCGCUAUGUUGCAGUAUCAACAAAUGAAAAACUUGAAAUCAGAAGAUGAUGAUCAAGAUAUGGAUGAUGAUGAUGAUGAUGACGAUGACGAAGUGAAUCAAGCAAUAGAUGAUGAAUUUGAUUCAAUCGUUCAGUCAAUAGAUUCAGCUAAAACUAAUAAAUUUCGUAAUGCUGCCCUUACAUUAGAUCCACUUCUUGAGUCAGCCAUGUCAUUGAAAGAUUUUCAAUAUCAAGUGUUGGGUGUAAAGGAAGAAAAUCCUCGAAUCGUUCCAUCUAAAUAUCGUUUCAUUUUUAAAUGUUGGACAUGUAAAUACUAUUAUCGAUUCGGUCAAACGCAGCAAGAAUUUUUUCAAUUUCAAUUCAAAGAUUUUUGUUCAAUCCGAUGUUUGACUGCCAAUGUUCGAAAUAAUGGCCGAUGUACAUUUUGUUAUCGCCAAUCUGACCCGGCCACAACACUUUUAAAGGAUUCACCAUUAGAUUGGCAAACCUGUAGCUAUACACUGACAUUUUAUCAUCCUGAAGAUUUAGGUCAAGAUUAUCUGGAAACAUUUCAUAAUCAACAACAUUAUCAACGAUAUCUUGAAUCAAAUCGUCGAUGUCAUAUAUGCCAGAUUGAAUUAUUGGAAGAUUUAGGCGAUACAAUCAAAUCAUUACGAAUGAAAUACUCAAAUAAUGAAACUAGAACCUUGUAUUUUUGUCACAAACAUCAAAAUGAAAUCAGUAUACGAUCAUGGAGUGGUAAAUCCACUGAACAUCCACCUAAAUGUACAACAUGUUUUCAAGAAUUAACUAUCGAUAUUUCAUAUCCAGAUGAUCAAUUUUUUGAUAAACAAAACCUAGUAUUCUGUACAAAAUAUUGUAAAUUAUUUUAUUUCAAACAAAAACAAAUGGCUCGACAAAAUCAUUAUGAUUGUUCCGUUUGUUAUCGUCGUAUCACUAUUGAUCACGGCAAUUAUGAUGAUCAAUUUCGUUAUUAUUUAAUACGUUGUUUAUGGACUUGGUAUCCUGUGUGUUCACCAAGGUGUUAUCAAAAAUUUCGUCAUGAUUAUGGAUUUAAUGUCGAUUGUGAACAAUGUUCACUGGCAUCCAAAUCACAUUCAGAUAUGAUAUCGAUAAUGCAAUUCAAUGCUGAAUGUAAAUCAUCACCACUGGAAAUUAAACAUUAUUGUUCAUUGAAAUGUUUUAUUCGAAUGAAAAAAUUAAAAUCAAUCUCAACAUUCCAUCCAUUACCGAUUCGUUUUCGGAAAUAUACAUGUGAUACUAGAUUUGAGCGUGAUAUUAUCGAUGAAAAAUGUCUGAAAUGUUCACAAAAAUUUCUUAAAAUGCGUGGUUCAUUAUGGCAAUUUUGUUCAUAUGAAUGUUUUCAUCACUAUCAUCGUGUUAAUUAUUCAAUGAUCAGAUGUAUUUUUCAACAAGAAGAACAACAAUCAUCAAAAACUGAUGAACAAUUAUUUGACUCAAUUUGUUGUACAGAAAUUUCAAAAAAAUUAUCAUCAUCAUCAAAAGAAAAAGAUUAUAAAUCACAAAAAAUUGAUAAACAACAACAACAUUGUCGCUGA